AUGUGCGAUGUGUGCGUCGACUUUCACGAUCUUCUGCUGUCCUAUGACGAACGUUCGUCGAAGGAACAAGAUGCAUUGGUGACGUUAUGUGUGACAGAUGUAGACACAACAUUGCACUACGUUAAUCAAUGGGUGCAAAGACAAUGUAUGUGCUGUUAUCGUGAAAUUAAAAAUUUUGAUCGAUUUAUAAGGCUAACUGAGAGCGUCGUGCUCUGUACGUUACAACAAUUGCAAAUUAUACAGCAAAAUGGACAUCAAGAUAUUGCCAAGGAGAACACUAAGGAGGAAAAGGACGAGGAGGAAAGAAGUAAUAAGCGAAAAUCCAGUGACACGACGGAACACACACAGGUGGAAGCUCAGACGAAACAAGCAUGGUCGCAGCAGGAUAGGGAGAGAUUGUUUCAUCUUCUCUCGAAAAUUUUUUUACUCAACUUUCCCCUCUAUAUUGCUAUGAAGCAUGGCGGUGUAAUCAAUCCUCUGGCUCCUAUCAAGGAUGAGGGCGGUUACUGCGAGCCGCAUGAUCCCGAAGUACCGGCUCCCCUGAUUCGUGCGGUGUCCAUAUUUUGCCAUCAAGGAGGCUUUAAUUUGAUGUCCGCUUGUUUCGAUAUGGAAAGCACACUGCCCGUUAGCCUUGCGCAUUCUAUGGUCGCGGUUAUUUGUAAUUUGAAACUCUGGUUGAAUUACGCCAGUGUAAUCCAACUGUUUAUACCGUUGCGCAGUCGUGUUAUGAAGUAUAUGUGUCGUCUGGCAGAUAAGGAAUUGCGUACUCCAGCUGUUAGGACCAUGGCAGAUUUUAUGUGGAGCGCGGUGAAGGACCCGAUAGACGCCGUACUACCGAGUUUCGAUCGCGACGGACUUGACCUAGCAUUUAAAUAUUUUACUAGUACAACUCUGACUAUGAGGCUGGCCGGCGUGGCACAAAUAAACGCACACAUCACCGCGUCGAAUGAGCUGUGUAAUAGUGAGACCGUUGCCGAGGUCGAGCAGGUGGGACACGCGCUUGCUACCUGGCUGACGGAGAACAACAUCAUCGCGCACAUAUUCGGACCAAACUUACACGUAGAGGUUAUUAAGCAGAGUCACAUUAUAUUAAGCUUCCUGGCGAUGGAGGGUAGAAUCACAUCCUCGGACAUGGACACUAUGUGGCAAGCGGCGCAGCUGAAGCACUGCGGCCGUCCGGUUUACGAUCUGUUGGCGCCACUGGUCAAGCAUUUGGCACCUACUCCCGUGCUGCAUCUGUACUCCUUGUUAGGCAAAUUGGAACCGAAAGAUCACACGGAGCAGAGUUUGUUUUUAGCGUCAGCCCUGAUCAAGUUUAUCUGGACGUCCGGUCGCUCGGCUUACCCAAGAGGCCUGGUAAUGAAAAACAGAGAGAUGCUGAGAAGCACCGCUGGAGUUGGCGGGAGUAGCAGCAGCGAUCCAAGCGGAAUGGACGGCAGCAGUCCGGAGGAUGAUGAGGAGGAGCCUAGUCCGGCGCCGUCCGAGGGACCAUCGCCCAGAAAGCAAGCGAGAACCGACAGUAGCGACGGCAGCGAAGGACAUUAUAAGAGAAAAAAUCUCGCGACUACCGCCAUGGAGUCGAGUCUCAACGAAAUGGAGGGCUUGAGUUCUAGUAAGUUCGAGUGCAACGGAGGACUGGCUAAAGAUCCUUCAACCAGCGCCAUCCGAGACGAGUUAAAGAGCAAGCAAAGCGGAUCUGACGCCGAAGCGGACACGGAAAAGUCGAAUACCGAGGAAACGUUCGUACAUGAGAAGAAGAAGCGGAAGAUUCUGCGCAAACGGAAGAGACCGCAGAAACGCUCGUUGAGCGCCGUCGAGAAAACGUUGGAGGAUAUCGUCGGGCAAGAAGCUAACGUGAAAUCGAAGGAUCUGCUCAUGGACACGAAGAACAGAACGGAGGAUGUGCUAAACGGUAGUUUAGACGUGGGGGCUCUAUCCUCAAUGGACGAGCCGAAGGGUAUCGAUGCGUUGGAUCGCGUUAAGCAACAAGCGAUGGCUUUGGACCCGAGCGAUCAGCAAGUUCCGACUACCGCGGCACUGCUGAGACGCGCUAACAAAAACAAAUACAUGUCUAUAGUAGGAUACAACGUGGAUCGCGCGGCGGACUCGGCCGAUAGUUCACAUGACGAGGAUGACAGUGAUGUUGCUGGCGUGCUUGCAGCUGCGGACGGCCCUGGUGCGGUGAUAUCCGAGCUUGCUGGAUUGGUGCACGCCACCGGUCCGACUUUUUUACCAUCAGGAUUGGACGAGAUGCUCUCGGAUGAGGAGGGCUCGUACAGCAGCAGGAUAUCGAACAAGAGUGAGAAAAACAUGGCGGACUUCGAUGGUGAAGAGAGCGGCUGCGAAGAGGAGUUGGCGCAGCUGGCCGCACGCCAUUUAACCGCCAUCCAGAUGCAGGCGUAUCACCCCCAUCACUCACACUCGGCCAUGACGAUUAGAAGAUCGGUUUGCCAGCCACCGCAAGUGCGAACCGCUCGACAAACGGCCACAAGAUUAAGCUCGCAAUUUAACUUGGAUACUGUCUGCAAACCAGGUAACACGUUGUUGUGGGAUCUUCUUCAGGACGACAAGAUAGGCCAACUAGGGGAAGGCCUGGCCUUGGAAGCGGAGAAAGCUUUGUGCAAUCUUUUGUGUUUCAAUGUUGAUCGCUUGAUACCUAUGAAAUUCGUAGAGGGUUGUUUGGAGAAUCUGGCGACAAAUCGUUCCGUGGUUGUGUCUUUGAGAUUGCUACCAAAGUUACUUGCGAGUUUCCAGCAGUUCGGCGCCAUGGACGCACACACGAUCACCACUUGGGCCGACCGCGAGCGCGGUAUGAUGAAGCAUUUUUUUAAUAAUCUGAAGACGUACACCAGUACCGGACCGAAGAGCAAUUUGUAUUCGCACCAAACGGAAAUACAAGUCAGAUUACAGUUUCUGUCGUCAAUCUUCUCGCCUCUGGGUUCGCCUGAUUGCUUUCGCUUGAGCUUGGAGCAAGUGGAUAUUUUGUGGCAAUGCUUGUCACAGGAUCCAAUUUGUGCGGAUGAGCUUUUCAGUUGGUUACUGAGUCAGGCAAAGUCCACGGAGCAGCAUGCAUUGGGGAUGGACACGCUGAAGCAUCUGUGUAUGCGUAAAUUACCGAGCUUGCCGCCGGAAACCAUCAGCAUGACGGGCCUGAGUCUGUUUCAGCAAUUGUGUAACCUGGCGCGUCUAGCCGCAGCGCAUUUGGACAGACCAUUGCGAGACGUAGACUCGGUUGGCAUGGACUUCCUGUGGCGGAUUGCUUUAAAAGCGAAGAGCACGGACGUUAGCAUGGCGGCGAUACAAUACCUCAACGGUUACUACAUGUCGCGACAAUUAACGCAAGAGGCGGAGUUUGUGUCGCAAUGUAUGACACACCUCGCGGCAGCCAGCGCCGACCUUGAGACGAACGAGGAAGCCAGUCUACGCUGCAUACAACGCGCUUUACUCCUGCUUCGGACGCAUUUGGAAGCUUUUCGUAAACGUUACGCUUAUCAUUUACGUCGCUGGGUACUGGAAGGCAGAGGUGCAGCUAGCCACGUGGCCAUGAACACGUCCGAAAAAGGCCAACAAUUAAGAAUCUUCGUGCAACCCGCCGGUAUACCAGAAAAGACGAGUUUUACCCUCCUUAAUACCGACUACGUAGCAGAUUUGAGAGCCGAAGUGGCCAAAUGGUGGGACGACACGCAAAACACCCAGGAGAAGUCUACAGCAUCCACGAACGCCCCACAGAACGGCGGAUCGGUUCUAGGAUCGUUGCUUACCGACGGACCUAUCAGAAUGAUCACUCAAGGUCAGGAACUGACCAUCGAUUUUGAUGAGAAGACCUUGCAAGAGAUGGGCUUUAAGGAUGGACAGUUGGUAUUUAUUUCACCAGGAGCUAGCAGAGGUAACGGUGGCGGCGGUGGUCGUUGUAGUAAACGGGAUGUAGAUUCGCCCUCGUUGUUACCACCGCCGCCCAGGGAAUCCUUGCCGACUUUACUGCUACUUCGACCGCAGUACUUUGAGCAGCUAUUUACGCUGAUGCGAACUCUCAGCGCCAUGAAGACGACUGUGAAAGGUGGUCAAGAGAUCCCUCACACGAAGGCUCAAGUGCUUUCGAGGAGAGUCUGGGAUACGCUCACGCUGCUUCCCACAAGCCCGACUCUACUGCGAGGUUUCCAAAAACUCGGCGAGACGUCUCUCCAGGAAUUACUCGAUCCGGCGAGUCCGCAGAAAUUGAUGUAUUCUCUCUACAUAGUCGAGUCUCUGAGUCGACGAGGUACGACGAAUCAACCGUCAGCAAGCAACUCUGCCACGACAACGUCGACAUCGGCACGUGAAGGAGGCGGAGAUGCGGAUGACAAUCAGGAUGACAAAGAGAAGGAUGUAGUUUGGUCUACUUUGUUCGUGCAGCAUGGUGGACUCCGACAUCUCUUUGAUAUCUUCAUGUCGGGCUGUCUGGAGCAGGGAGACGGUAGCGAGUGGCAGCAAGAUUGCCUCGCAAGCUUGCUGAAGCAACUCUGCCACCUCGGCGUUGUGAAGGAGGAGAAGAAACGUAACAAAGCUGAUAAGCCGCUGCUGGUGCCCAAGCUUAGCGAAGCGAUGCUGCAAAUGAUGAACGUCGACACUGUGAUGCCGCGAAUAACGAGUAUCCUGAACGAUGCUUCGCUACCACUCGAUCCGAAUCACUACAAGACAGGAUUGUUCGGUCGAUCACAAGUGAUACAUUAUGCCAUGGCGUUGCUAGUCUGUUGGGUGCAUAGCGACUCAGCAGUCAGACAAUAUUUGUUCUCGUCGUCGGAGCCGUUCGGCAAGACUUGGCUGCGCAGAUUGAUACUGGAGGACCCCGAGCCAGCAGUGAGACGCGAAGUAUGCACAGCCUUGUACAGGCUGUGCUUGGGCAAUACCAGCACGGAAGACGACAACUCGGAUCAAGUUCUUGGAUUAAUAGUACCCAUGUUGAACACCUUACUGGAACAUCUCAUGAUCGCCGAAGCUAUGCAGCCUUCCCACCGCAAACCAGAUUUACCGCUGCAUCUUCACCCUGCCAUAGACGACGGAAAGGAGCCCUACGGCCCGGCUUGUAAGGACUACUUCUGGCUGGUCUGUCGUCUAGUGGAUUCCCUUCCAGACGAGGCGAUUCGGGAAAGCUCUGCUGACGACACAUCUGGAACGACCAUCGAUCUCGAGGCGCUAGCCAUUCGGGUGAUAGAUUCUGUACUCAACAGAGAGCAUCUGGAAACGAGACACAAUACGGUGGAGGAUGAUGCCCUGGUCGGAUUGAUCAAUCUCACGUGCAACAUAAUGACGCACAAUCCACCAUGCAAGCAGGGCAAGAUUGGACAAAAUCUGUUAGGUCAAGUGUUCGACUUCCUGUUUGCUCUGCCGAGUCCGCGGAGCAAGCACGUGCCCAAGUGCAAGAGCCAAGCGUCCAGAUCAGCGGCCUUUGAUCUGCUGGUCGAGCUGGUGAAAUCGGCGCCUGACAAUUAUAGGAUACUGCACGAGAAACUGCUCGCUCAGCAUCGUCCUGGACCACACUCUCCGUAUCCAUGGGAUUACUGGCCCCAUGAGGACGGGCGUUCCGAUUGCGGCUACGUAGGCCUGACAAAUCUAGGCGCGACGUGUUACAUGGCCAGCUGCAUGCAACAUCUAUACAUGAUGCCACAGGCACGCGUCUCCAUCCUGGGAGCCGACUGUAACCGGGCAAACAAACAUCAGCUGACCUUACGGGAACUGCAAAGAAUGUUUGCCUACUUGUUGGAGUCUGAGAGAAAGGCGUAUAACCCGAGGAGUUUCUGUCGCGUGUACACGAUGAAUCACGAGCCGUUGAAUACAGGUGAGCAAAAGGAUAUGGCCGAGUUCUUUAUCGAUCUUGUCUCCAAGUUAGAGGAAAUGACGUCCGACCUAAAGAACUUGGUGAAAACAUUGUUCUGCGGCGUAAUAUCUAACAAUGUCGUUUCGUUGGAUUGCGAGCACGUUAGCCGGACGCUGGAAGAGUUCUAUACUGUCCGCUGUCAAGUGGCGGACAUGAGAAACCUCUACGAGAGCUUGGACGAGGUGACGGUGAAAGACACGCUUGAGGGCGACAAUAUGUACACGUGCUCGCAGUGCGGCAAGAAAGCGCGCGCUGAGAAACGCGCUUGCUUCAAAAAGCUGCCGCACAUAUUGUGCUUCAACACUAUGCGCUAUACCUUCAACAUGGGCACUAUGCUGAAAGAAAAGGUCAACACGCACUUCAGUUUCCCGCUUAGACUCGAUAUGUCUGGUUACGUCGAGAAGAAGCUCAUGCCACAGCACUACCAAGACGAGAAGAAAGCGGCGUCUGAGAAGAAAAACUCGGAGGACGAUGGACACUCGGCAUCCUUGCUGGACAACAUCGAAGAGGAGCAGGAGGAGGAAGAGAUGGAACAUUAUCAAUACGACCUGAUCGGCGUGACCGUCCACACGGGAACGGCAGAUGGCGGGCAUUAUUACAGCUUCAUCAGGGAUCGCACGUCACCGAACAAGGACAAGUGGUUCUUGUUCAACGACGCCGAGGUAAAGCCGUUCGAUCCAAAUCAAAUCGCGGCCGAGUGCUUCGGCGGCGAGAUGACGAGCAAAACGUACGACUCGGUGACGGACAAGUUCAUGGACUUCAGCUUUGAGAAAACCAACUCGGCGUACAUGCUGUUUUACGAGUGGUGCGCCGAUCCUGGUGAUCAGGCGAAAGAGGAGGAGGCUACGGUCUCGAGUCCCAUUGAGAACGACACCGACAACGACAACAACGGGCGAUCGUCAUCAUUGCUGGUGCGCGACAACGCGAACAAGUCGCUGCCGCUGGAGCUCAAUAAGGAACUCGAGGACUGGAUCUGGCAGGACAACAUGCACUUCCUACAGGACAAGAACAUAUUCGAGCACACGUAUUUUGGUUUCAUGUGGCAGAUUUGCGGUUACAUACCGCAGACACUGCUCUCCGUGCAGCCGGACAUCACGGAGAUGUCCGCGGAGCUGUCCACAUCGUUCUUCAUGGAGACGUUCAUCCACGCCAAAGAGAAGCCAACGAUGGUGCAGUGGGUAGAAUUACUGACAAAGCAGUUCAAUGGAUCAGCUGGCGCCUGUGCACGAUUUCUUGAGCGGAUGGCCGGCGAUUCGUGGUGGCCUAUUCAGAUUCUAGUCAAGUGCCCUAAUCAGAUGGUCAGGCAGAUGUUUCAACGGUUAUGCAUCCACGUGAUUCAACGAUUGCGCGCUACUCAGGCACCCUUGUACCUUCUCUGCGACGAGGAAAACGACGUGAACACCGUCGGUACCCGAUCCUGCGUCACGCGUUUUGUCAGGAUGCUCCUAUCGCUGAUGGAACAUGCCAAGCAGCACCUCAAGCAUCUUACUGAGUACUUCAGCUUUUUGUACGAGUUCAGCAAGAUGGGCGAUGACGAGGCCAUCUUUCUCAUCAGGAUGCAAGCCAUCUCCACGAUGGUAAACUUUUAUCUCGGGCACAAAACGCACGAGUUCGUCGACGCGGUUAGUGAGGAGGAGGAGGAGGAGGAGAUCGUGACCGUGCCCUCCGAGAAGCUGCGGCCCGCUUCGCUGGACAAGAUGAUCACGUUAAUCGCAUACUUGGUUGAGCGUAGCAGAGGACAGGAUCACAGACUGGCCUUGUCACCGGCGGACUUGAGCGCCGUGGCGGGCGGCAAGGGUUUCCCCUUUCUGUACCAACAGACGCGAGACGUCAUAAAUCUCACUCAAACCAGGAACCUCAUUCAGUCGUUAUGCCGUUGGAACGACCGAUUGGCUAUACACAUCGUCACCAUGAUAUUCCAGGCGAUAAUGAAACAUAUCGAUGUGUGCCAGCCCUUCUUCAAGCUGUUGACCUUGCUGACGGAGAACUCGGGCUUGAGCUCCACGAUGAGUGGACUGCCCUGCAUGACGCAGCUCAUCCUUGGCAGGGUGUGGGAAGCAGCGAGGGUCGCUCCACACGGUGCGCUCGAGUGGCUGGCGCUUGCAGUCACGAGGAGUAAGCUGGCGCACGCCUGGGUGCUGCAGGGACUCGACACGUGGCUGCAACAUUUUCUGCUUGAGCAUUCCAAUCAAAGAGUCCGCUCGGCCGCCGCCUUCCUUCUAGUGUCUUUAGUACCAUCUACGCACUUCAGGCAAGGCUACCGUAGCACUCAUCGCCUCGGUCUAGGAUGCAACGCAUCCAAGGAGUUUCAGCUCUCACCGGAGGCGACCCUGAUACUACAUCAGAUCUACACGGCGCUCUUGCGACUGCUGCAACCGGCACGGCAUUACAUCGACAUACAAACCCACGGUACAAUGAAGCUCACUGCCUACUUCGCGUUGCUCACGUACUGCGUAGUGUCGAAAACCGAAAAGUUAAUGUUCGGCCAAUAUCUCAAUGACCUGUGGACACUCUUCCAUCCGAAGCUCUCGGAACCGAGCAUUCCGGUGCAUCAUAACAAACAGGCGGUACUCUUGUUCUGGUAUCACGUGUGCUCCGAUUGCCCGGAAAACGUCGCGAUGAUUCUUCACAACCCGCACAUAACUAAGAAUAUCGCAUUUAAUUACAUAUUAGCUGAUCACGAGGACCAGGACGUCGUGAUGUUUAACAGAGUUAUGUUGCCUGCUUACUACGGCUUGUUAAGGCUUUGCUGUCAACAAUCGCGCACCUUUACCAGACAAUUGGCUGCACAUCAAAAUAUUCAAUGGGCUUUCAAAAAUAUCACUCCUCAUCCUACUCAGUAUUCAACUGCGGUGGAUGAAUUGUUUAAAUUGAUGCAAUUAUUGGUUGCGCGACACCCCGAUCAAACAGAGCAGGAAGAGGCAGAGAUCGCAUCGUUCAGAAGAGGCACAUUGACAUCUUACUUGCAAGGACUUGACGGUCGUUCAUGUUGGGCAACUCUCAUCUCCGCUUUUCGAAUCCUCAUUGAAUCGGAUGACGAUCGCUUAUACGUCGUUUACAACGGCGGCUUAAGUAUGGCCUUGGAAGCGUUUCACAUGCUACAUAUCAUGUAUCAUGAAGCGACGGCGUGCCACGUCGCCGGCGAUUUGGCCGAGCUGAUCGCCAUCAUUGUCGAACUGGUGAGAUGCGUGCGUACGGCACGAGAUGGGCCGGACGGUAGGAACGUAUUGGCAAAUUGCAAGGAAUGGCCUGACGCCCUGCGCAAACUGGCAACGUUACUGAACACGUACAAUCCGCCGGACAUGAGAAACCUAGCUAUAGAUCUCUUGAAGGAACUCGUGAUGCUCGUUCCCGCCGAAGCAAUACUAAUUCUAGCUCCGUUAUUGUCACACUGCCACGCGGCUAUUCAGGAGUCCCACGCCGCCGUUCCACCCGGGCCGUAUCUCCCGAGGAGAUCUACUCCGCCCGGAAAGAUGCCUACCAGGCCCGCCAGGCCGAUGGUACAAAUGGCAGUACCUCACUCCCAGCUAGAGGCAUCGAAAGGAGUGGAUCCGGAAUACGAUAGCGCUCUGCUCGAGUUUUAUUUACCUUACCACGAGCUGAUAGACGUCAUGUGUAGGCUAGCGAUUAAUAACGACUGCAUGACGGAGACGCUGGUGAACCUGAGCGCUAUGCUUGGUUUCGAGGGUGUACCAUUACACUUGGCUCUAUUUCCCAGGCUAUGGUUGGACGUACAUGCCGCUACGCACAUAGAUAGAAAGCACAUAGCGUCUCUCUUUCGUUCUUCCUACACGGUGGAUUACGUAGACGCGGUGUUACUGGACGAGAGAUCGUCGUUAGGCGUGCCGGCGAUACACGCCUUCCUUAAGACUUUCUUCCCGAAGCUAGCUAGCCAAGUGUUAACCGAUCAAACGUGCUUGCUCGUCGACAACCUCGUUAGCUCACUGACCGCGAUGGUAGAGGCGGUCGACGUGGAGGCAUCGGCGCAUAGAUUGACCGGCGACCUGCGUGCCCUGGCACUGGUCUAUAGCAGCAGCACAAGACUGAAACCAUCUUCCAGCCUGCUGCCGGCUCUAGAGACCUUGUUGUCGCGUACUCGGACUAUUACGGUGAAGGAGAACAGUUCGCUACCGGAGGUGGAGACGCCUUCCAAGAGACGUAAAUUCAGUGAUGAUAGUGAGACCGACAGCGAGAAAGAGCUGCACGCGUCGAUCAAGGACGCGGACGUGGAGAAAAACAUCUCGGAGGCGAAAAUCGACAAGGCGGACACAUCGAUGAACGACGCGAUGUCUUCCAGUUCCGGGGACGAUAGCAAGGCUGCUACCGCGGCAGCCACCGCCGCCUCUGUCGUCAGACACAAGCCAGGCAAUGUUCAAGCGGAGAGCAUCGCCACGAGCACCGUCUCAUCGCCGAAUCUGGUUACCACGGCAAACAGUUGUACAAAUCAGUUGCGUUGCUCGUUGACCAACGUCUCGUGGCUCGAGAUGCUGGAGAAGACCAUCGUCGACCUCCAGACGAUCAUACAAGUGCAAAGCAAGAGUAAUUAAUUUUGCGUGUAACCGGGUUGCGACGCGAUGAACAGGUGCUCGGGUGGCAGCAUACACGGCACCACAUGCAGAACUAAAACGACCAGUUCUAAACGUGUAAACUGUGUGUGAUUAUUUGCGCCGAUAGAGUUUAUGGUGUGUUUGCGCUCCUUCGAGAUAAUCGGAUAUAACUUAGUAUGUAAUGUAUGUAUGUAUUGAGAACCGCGAUUUACUUUCCAAAUAUAGGAGGAUAAGGAUAUUUUCGUUACUUCGACUUAAGUUACGUUCAAAUGUAAAGUCGGGGAGUCAUAUCACCGUCUCGUAAUAUCCGGACUGAAUAAUGAUUUUUUUCGUCUAAACGUUCGUUAGUGCUGUGAGAUAGAUUAAUCAUUUCAGAGGCAAAAGAAAAUUAAAAAAAAUAAAACAAAGAAACAUGAUGCGUGCACUUUAACGUGCAAUAAACGUAAACCAUCCAGUAUUCAGAAAGCGCAAUUGUGUGUGAGAGAAAGAGAGAGAGAGAGAGGAAUAUUAAUAUCUUAAGAUACAUUUAAACACCACUCAGCAGAGCUUUGUUGACACUGCAAAUUAUUUCUCGGCAAUUUUGCGCUAUACUUACGUGUGAAAGGGAUCACAGGGUUUUAAGAAAUUGUUAAGCUAAACCGCGACGAAAAAAAAAAGAAGACUACAUUCGGUUAUGUGUUCGAAAUUACGAAAUUGUCUUUGUGCGCUCAUUACUGAUAUGUUUACUCGUUUUGUAUAAUAAUGUUUUGUUUGCGGGGUAAAACGUAGACUGCAUGACAAAUUAAUAAUCACAAAAAAUACUAAACGCUAAGUAAAAAAUUUUUAAAUAAAAGAUAUAAAAUUUUGAUGGACAACUUUUGAUACGUCUGCAAUAAUUUUGCGUCAGUAGUGAGUUCCUAUGAAAGAACCGUGGCAAUCAGAAUAAUAAAGUGCGUAUCUAAGACUCUUAGUAUUCACAAUUUAAAAAUAUUAGAAUAUUAUUUACAAAUAUGUAUUCUAUAUCUAAAAAGAAAUUAAAAAAAUAGUAAAUUUUCUAUAUUUUUUUCUCUAGAAGGAAUAUUUUUCCAAGAUAUUAAUUUGUUAUGCAUUUUUUAUAGUACACGUGGCUCCGUAUAGCUUUCACUAAUAAUCCUCCAAUUUUUCGGGGAAAAUUUUAUGUUUCUCAAUUUUUCGUGCUAAUCAUUCGGCUCUCAAUACAAGGGAAAGUAAUAUCAGUGGUAUUUUAUCUAUUUUUGUUAUUAAUAUUGAUUGUAUACGUUAGAAAAGGGUAGUUAAACAAAAAAGAGAGAGAAUCUAUCGAGGCAUAUGGUACGCUGGUUGACUCGAACUUAACGCGGUGUCUGAACAUUUCUCUAAUCCGUACGGAGCGUUAGAAGUUUAAGUUCUUAGCGAAUUGACGACGUAGAAUUAUGAUAAAGUUUUCCUAGCGUAUUUAUUUAUUUUCGACAUGGCGCGUACGUCGACCACGCGAUACUGCAAACUUUAACGGAUCGAGUCUUAAAACUGCUGUUAAUGUUAUCGCUUUUUUUUCUUGCUUUCCACCCCGCAUCGCUUGAGCUUCUUCUAUUCUACGGCCGUCAAAGUUAGUAGUCGUUAUAAGUGAUUAACAGCUUUCUUACAAUCGCUCAUCGGCGCUCAACGUCAAGUCAACGAAAAGCAUCUCACAUCACGAAUAAACAGCUGAUCGAAAAGAAAUUUCCAACAAGCUCUCGAGCGUUCUCGUACGCUUUUUCAUUUGGACCUCGCCGCGGUCGCUCUCAGCGAACGGCGUUCUCUCACGAUCGUCGAGCUUGCCGUCGGAUAAUAUGGCACUAAAGAUAGCACCUCGUCCAAUUAAGGAUCCCUUCGUUGCAACCGUAUCUCAAUAAUGAUUGCAGAACGGAUUACGCGAAGCGAGGAAUCAUUGGAAAUUUUAUUUCGUCGCGCCGUAAUAAGUUAAUGACUUUUCUUUGAACAUAGAUCGUAAUUUCUGUUUUAGGCACAGGAUAUACGUAUGUAGUGCGUCGACAGAUUUUUAUGUGCGAUUAAUCGACGUGCUUUCUGGAUACGAUAGUCCCUUCGUGGCUGCAGUGAGAGGUUCGAAAAAGGGAAAAACCUUGAAAACGAAAACUAAUAAGAGUGUAAGAUAGAAGAUGUGUAUAGGACACGCCGGUCGACCGUUUAACAAGAAAACUUUCUCCCGCUCGCUCCAAACUAACGCUCUCGUUCUCUAGAUGUCCCGUGUAAGCGAUGAUCUGUAUGUUGCCGAAUUAAAGAUACAAGACGCGCGUUCGCGCGGUAGACUCUUACUCGACUCGAUUGAUCAGCAAGUGCUUGUCCGCUUGAUACGAUGUAUACUAUCUUAAAUGUUGCUACGUUUUUCGAUGUAUUUGUGAAUGAAAAUCGACAAAAAUCAUGCAGAAGCAUUGGCCCUGUCUGUCUCUCUCUUUUUCUUCCAUUAAAGCGACGCUUCAUUUUUCUGUAUUGUAUAUUUGAUGAUCGCAUAAAUCUGCCGCAUUUAAUUUACGCGAUGUGCUUUAGAUCGCUUAAACAAGAGCAACUUUAUAUAUAUAUAUAUUCUUUUUAGUUAUAUCGUUGAGCACGUUUUGAAUAUGCCUGCACUGGAGGAAAUGCAGUGCACGAAAGAGAGAGAGAGAGAGAAGAUUGAUGAAAAAUGUGAAAGAUAUAUUUGAAACAGAAAUCUUCAAUUGCAACUAAAUUUAAUGAAUAAUGAAUAUAUUUAAUUAUAAUAAUAAAACCAACGUGAAUAAUGAAUUAUUUUCGAUCGACGCAUUAUAUAUCACAUCGACGAUAUAUAUAUAUAUAGUGUUUUGCAACAUUUCCACAGUUCUACAUAUAUAAAUUAAAUUUGUUCUAGUGAACGCGCCGUUAGACCUACCUUUACAGGAAUAGGGGUGCUGACGCAUGCACACACAUACACACACACACAACACGAAAAGGAGGAACGAGAAUUAAAUAAGUCAGGCGUCCAUAAGAGCGCAUCCGUAAGCAUUUACAAAUAUCGUAUGAUUGAAAGGCGAUAAUAGUCUCUUAUGGCCACUCGUGUUCUUGUAAUCCCGAAGUAUCGGUAACAAUUUUUAAACGGUGUACGAGAGGAAAACGAGAGGCAUUCGCGAUAAAAAAAGAAAACGUUAAGACUGUAUAAGAAUUCUUGCGCGCAUUGUGAUUCUUUUGACUUUCCCGGGUCAUUCUGUGUCCGUCUCUUAGCAAAUCUCGAAUCUACUCGACCGUUUCGCCAAGAUUUGUAUCUUCGACAAGUGUCUCGUUUAUUCAUUUACAUAUAUAUUAUCGUGAAAAUGUAUAGUUUUUCGAGCGAUAAUAAAAGUCUCCUCAUUUUAAAA